AUGUUACGGAUAGCUGCACUUCAUACUCUGGAGACAAAUUUGAAGGGGACAAAUGUAUCUUUAUUAUGGUCAAAUAAUCUAUUUUAUGACCCAUUUUUGUCAAAUGAUAACAAUAGUACUAUAAUGAAUAAAAUAGUCCAUGACUCGUCUAUAACCUCCAAGUCAAUUUCUUAUCGUCGUGCUCAGAGACUUUACCAAUCAGCUAUGGAAGGUCUUACACACGAUGAUUUAAUCAAACAGCUUCAUUUCGCUUUAAUGGAUGAAUUUAGUUGUGUCCGUGAAAUGGCAUGUGUUAUCAUUGAGCAACAGAACUUAGCUGCAGAACCUGUCAUUUUCAAUGAAUUGCUUAAAAUUUUAAAGAAUGAUAUAAAUGAUAAAGUUAAGAUAAUGGCUAUAAGAGCUAUGAAGACAAUAUCUGGAUACAAUAAAGACAAUAAGAAAUCAGAACAAGUUCAAAAUGUUUUAUGUCAUGCUCUUCAAUCUGAGUUAAAUUCCUAUGUCCGACAGAAAAUACUUCAUCUUUUAUUAUGGUUUAUUCAAACUCGUUUUAUCACAUGUGAUACAAAUGAACAUUUAAUUGAUAAUGAAAUUGAUAUUUUAGCUAAAACAUCAAUCCUUAAUGAAUAUAACUCAUUCAAACCUAAGACAAUAGAUUUUAACGCUUUAUUUAAUAUUGAAAAUGAAGUUAUAGAACAUGUUUUAAACUAUGAGAAUGACCAUGUUAAUAUGGAUAAACAUCAUUCUAAUUUAAUACGUAAAAUAUUUAUACCAAAUGAUGAUAUCUUUAUGAACAAUGAAAGAAAUCAGAUUAAAUUACGAAAAUUACAAUGUAAUCUUUAUUAUUUAUAUGAUUUCUUAAGAAAAUUAUUAAAAUAUGAAGACUGUAAAGAGCUUCAAUGUGACUUAUCUACAAUGAUAGAACCAUUAUUUCAACAAAUAUUAAAUGAAGCAAAUAAAACGGCACCAGAAAAUUAUUUUUAUUCAUAUGAUAAUCAUUCAAAUUUAUUACAAUCAUUAUUAAAUGAAAAAUGUAGUGAUUUAGUGAAAAUUUGUUAUGAUAUAAUACAAUAUUCUUAA